GCCAUGUCCCUAAUAACUGAAUACCAGAAGAAUCAGGAUCAAAUACCAUUUUGGAUUUUGUAGAUUAGAUAUUGUAGAAACAAAUGGUUCACACGUCAUGAGAGGAAAGCUUCAAGGGUUCAUUGACUUACAGUAUCAAUUACCUCUAGUGGUUGGAUGAAAUGAAUCAUGAUGUCAAGCAUAGAUUGUCUAGUAUUCACCAAGUGAGGUGGAGUUUGAAGAAGGACUUGUGUCGACUUCGGUUAACCAAAAUAUUGUCUCUUGCCAGGUACUUUUUCAUAAGCCUUUCCGUAGUUCCUAACUUUUCGUCAGGGGAAAGACUAUUUCCAGUUUCAGGGUCUUCCUUCUGGUCUUUUGGUGGAUCUCAAGUUUACAGGGAACUUUCUACAGUAAUAAUCGAGCUUCUUCAACAUUGAGUAAUUUUCUAUUUGGAUGACUCAGGUAUAAGUGCAUCCAUGGGGCCCGUUAGGCACAAUACUAAUAAUAUGGUCAGGAUACUGAGUAGAACUGUUUUUUAUUUUUUUCACCUGAACUCAUAUUUUUUCCAAUGCAUUUAUCUCGCAGACAGUGCGAGAAUAAAGUAGAGACAGGUUUUGUAGGCUAGGUUGUGGACCUGGGUAUACUAUAUUAUAGGCUAGUAGUGCAGAGUAUGGUUCAGCCUCUUAAGACUUGUUGCAGGCAUACUUUGAACUCAUCCCCUUGGAAACUUCAGUCAACUUUCAUAUGGUAGUUGGAUUUAUGUAUCUAGUGAUUUGUUUGUUUCGACAAAUGUCUCACGCUUCUAAAGAAACUAGAAGUUAAUAUGAAGGAGGUCUUCAUCCUUCAUUUCCAUCUCAGUUACAUGAGUAAGAAGGCUGCAUUUUUUUUUGAUUGAUGACAGUCAGCAGUAGCAUUUACAGUUAUACAGUAUUUAAAAGGAAGGUUUCUUUAUAGGUAAUUUUAGAGCCAAUUGUUUAUUUUUGUGAUGAAGCUUUCCUGCUCCGUAAUGCCCUUGAGCCUGUAGCAAUAAUUUGAUUUCAUAAAGAUCAGUUGAUCUUUAUGAAUAAUAUAAAAAUACGUUAUGAAAUAGAAAUAAAUAGUAUUGACAGUUUUUGUCGUGAUUCUUUUGUAUUUUGUUCAAUUAGUCGUGGCCGAUGAGGUGACGGUGGUACGCCUACAGAGCAUGGAGAUGGCGUCUCAUGAAAGCUACGUUGAUAGCGGAGGAAAUGCCAUCCCGGAUCUCACUCAGUGGACUGUCUGUGUACGGCUACGACUCUUCCACUUGGCUCGCCUCAACACCAUCUUCAGCUACACCACCGGCGAGCACUACCAGGAGAUUAUGCUGGGUAUUGACUGGCCUCAGUCCAACCUGCGGCUGGAGUGUUGUAAGUACACGGGGUUUAUGGAGAUGGCGGUACCUCUCCGCCUGUACACUUGGCACCAGAUAUGUCUGUCUGUGGACAUGACCAAGGACGUCCAGUACAUGAUCUUCGACGAACUGGUACAAGAAGCGUUAAUUCGUCGUCCUGGCGUCACACGUGAACAACUUAACAAAGUGAGGGGCGGCGGCCGCUUUUUGGUGGGACAGAACUAUAACCCGGCAGCUGAUCUUAUGUUCACCGAAGCAAUUCACGGUGAUCUGGCUGACUUUAGGUUUUAUGAUAUUGCCUUAUCCCCUGAAGACCUGAGAGACUUUGCUUCGUGUAACGUAACAUUUGAUUUACCUUCUCCUAUGUAUGUCUUUGACAUUAACAUGACCAACUUGGAGUUGAGUGGUGACAGCAAAUUGUAUCGAUCAAGUUUAGAAAACAUAUGCUCGAAAGGACCUGAUCUGGUGAUGAUCAUACCCGAAAGAAUAAAUUUUGUUAAAGCACUAGUUAUGUGCAGUUUAUUCACUGGAGGCAUCGUUGUGCCCACAUAUGAUGAGGAAAAUAUAGCAAUAUACGACAAGUUCGACGACUUCAAUAACCACUGUGCAGACAGCUGGGGCACCGCGUUUUGGUUUGGUCUUACAGCAAACUUAACAAGUGGAUGGUGGACGAGAGUGUCAGACGGUAAACCCUUGACAUGGAACAAAUUCGCCCCUGGCUGGGGUGACCCUUCUGAAGAACACAGAUGCAUAGCUGCUGGUGCCAUCAACAUGAGAUACGUUUGGGCUGCUUCACCCUGCGACAUUCAUCAAUGUCCAAUAUGUAAUUUUACAACGACGCCGAAGCUACAUAUGCGUGGGCUUUGCAAACUCUCAAAAUUUGAUCGUUAUUAUUCUCCAUUCGACUACAGCAACAUGAAACCAGUAUUAGAGGGAACCUUCCUGAGCAGAAUAUCUUGGGUAAACAAUACUUGGUUAAUCAAGAGCCGCCUGGAGAAGGGGGUGGAGGCUCGCAUGAGUCUCAGAAGCCCAGAUGACUAUCCAUUAGGUCUACAUACAUGGGAGGUGGUAGGCGACACAUGUCGUCAGGAUCAAGUGCAGUUGUUGUUAACGUCAUGCAGCGCUACUGACUUCACAUGCAGUGACGGGUCAUGCAUUAAGAAGACCAAACGCUGUGACCAAGAGGUUGACUGUCCAGAUAACACGGACGAGCUGAACUGUGACCUCAUUUUGCUCCCCAAAGGAUAUUCCAAAGAAAUUGCGCCACCGGCAGUAGAGUCCCCUCUUUUAUCUCUCCACAUCUCGCUCGACAUCACCUCCAUCAGGGAAUUUGACAUCUUGGGAUUCAUGUUGGCAGUUGACAUCAUUCAAAGCAUCAAAUGGAGAGACACGAGGCUCGUCCUCAGGAACCUACAUCAAGGAAACUUUCCCAACGAAGCAAAAAGAUUUGAUAAACUGUGGCUGCCGGACAUCUUGGUGAAGGAUGGGACCUAUAGCCCUACCGACCUGCAGAUGAGACGAGUGAGGCUGUUGGUACGCCGAGACGCAGAUCCUCUACCAGAUGAUGAUUCCAACUACUCAGAAGAUGAGUUAUACCGCGGGGUGAACAGCACGGUGAAGCUGGUGCAGCAGUAUACAGUUACGCUUAUGUGUCAGUUCCAGCUUCAGGCCUACCCGUUUGACUCUCAGAGGUGUUCCCUGGUCUACUCCAUUCCUGAUCAGGCUGUGGGGAACAUUUUGCUACUACAGGAGGAGGUGAAGUUCACAGGGGAGCGGCGGCUGCUGGAGUACGAGCUGGUCAACGAGACGCUCACCGCCCAUGGUAACAUGUCUGCCGCCGUCCAGCUGCGGUUGGUGUUCCAGAACCAAUAUGGUUAUUACAUCGCCAACGCUGUGGUGCCCAGCUUGCUCAUGGCCACCAUCUGUUACCUCACCUUCUUCUUCGACCUCGACGACUUUACGGAUCGUAUUAUGGUCUCGCUGACGUCCCUGCUGGUGCUGGCCGCGCUCUUCACACAGACCAGUCAGUCCAUCCCUAAGACCGCCUACCUCAAGCUUAUCGACAUUUGGUACGUCACCCUCAUCAUCACUGACUUCCUCAUCAUCGUAAUGCUUGUGUUCAUCGAGAAUCAAAGGAUGCAAGAAAAACUGUCUGGAGACUCGUCUAAUUUUGUCUUUAAGAGCGCACAUAAGAUCAUGCCCGUAGAACCCAACACUCUGUCUACUGUACCUAACCCAGCCGCCAGUAUUUUCAAUUCUCAAAACAAGGGAUUAAUGUCAGCCCAAAAGUUAAAUGGAGUGUCACAAGUAUCGUUCCCUGUGUUGGCAACAGCUGGAUGUUUCUGCUGGAUCCUUAUUCAUCUCCAAUCGUCUACGACUUCCCAUAAAGUUUAGUGUAAGAAAGUUAACAGUUUUUAAGGUAUCUAAAUAUAUUCUGUAGAUUUACACUAUACGGCAAUAAUUGACAAAAUCGGAAUGCAUCUCCUGCCUAUACACUAGCAUUUAUCUCUCAUUCUCUCUGUUGUUUUCAAAUUAUUUCUUACCACUUUCAUAUAUAAAGAAAUUAUUGAAUAAUGCUGAUAAGUACCCCAUUUGUUGUGUGGUGAAUGUGUCAGUAUUGUCCACAGCUACUAACAACAAAAAUGGUGCUAAAAUUAAUAAAACAACUGCUUACUAGUUAUUGUAUAGUUGCCUGAACUGUUUUGCAGAGUUUAUCUAAUUCCCGAAAAGGAAAAUUCAUCCCACUAGCACUCUGUGUAAAUGCGAAAGCUAAAUUUCACUUCAUUUUAUGAUCUAAAAAGGAAAUGUAUAUAUUUACGUGAUAAUAAGAUAUCUUUAGCUAUAAAUUGUAACACUAAGUUAUCAGAAACAUUUCCCGUCCCACAUGCAAAAUCCUCUAUAACACAAAUAUCCACUGAGAUAUGCUCUGGAACACCUUACGCUAGGAUUUACUGGCUUAUGUGUUGUUUUCCCAAAUCAUAAUAGUUCAAAAUAUCCCUCCAAUCAUAACAGGACAGUUUUCCCUUAGGCAUUUCUCUCUCUUCUAAAUCCCUUGGAAUAGAUUAAAUACUUGCCUAUGUUAAAGACUUCAUAACCUCAAUUCAGUACAUUCCGGUCCUCUAUACUGGAUUGCCUUAGAAAAUUUGAGAUCGAUCUUUGCCUCGCAUGCUCCUCUUAACAGUACUAUGAAUAACAUACUGUCGACAAAGAAUUAUGAUUCAUAUGGAUCAAAUAUAUAAUUCUUGUAAUAUGGAAACCUUCCCAUCUAACGUAAAGCUUUAUGUGUAAAGUUAUUUAAUAUCUUAAGUUGAAAUAUAUUAGAGUAAAGUUAAUUAUAAGCAGUAGAGUCGAAAAUAUCGAAGUGACAUCCCAAUGAAUUUUUAACUAUUAAGUGUUAGUGAUAGUUGAGUUAUUAUUGUGUGUGCAAUAAGAUAUUUAUUAAAGUAACACUAGUAAAUAUGUAUCUGAGCAUCGAUAACCUUAGUAUUUAUUCACUUAGGUAUUGAAAAGUUCCCAUAUAUGUAUUUCAUCCUGGACACUAUGUACGCUGUUGAAAUAAAUAUCUUUGUCACUA